CGUCCACGUCUUCUCUAAGAGAACAGCAAAUACCAACUCCUUGUCUCUUCCAUACGAUGUCUUUUUUAUAGGACCAGACUGACAGAUUGACAGACUGACAGACUCUGCCUACGUUGAAUUAGCUUGUCUCUCUUUCCUGGCAGUGCCCCCCCACACCAGGCCUAUGCUCUCGACUCGGUGCUGACUGGGGUAAAUCCAGUACUUUCAGUCUCUCUGUUAUUCCGCCCUCUCACUCUCUCCGAUUUCUUUCCAACCUUCUACGCGUAUAUAUCCUCUUCCAGAUGGUGGAUGGUUGCGAUAACCCCUAUUCAGCGGGGAUUUGACUGUGGAUCGUGGAUCGUGGAUCGUAAACGAAAUCGGUCGAACACUAUCGAUGCUACUCGAGACGAAAGAAAAGGCCCAAACUUAGUCAUGGCGUGGUACUCGAUCCUCCCGUCGCAAUUUCUCUUUGUUGAGAGCUGGGCAGCCAGGAUAUUUAUCCUUCUCGGUCUCAUUACUAUGGGCCCCUGGGCUGCGCUGGUGAUCUUCGAUGUGGUCCUCUACGUUUAUCGCAUGGUGAUGUAUGAGAUACCGGUGAUCGGUGGGCGAGCCCGUGGGCGACAGAGGCCUCGGGCGCCGAGUCUGGCGGAGACGACGGCGCAGAGAAGUCCAUCGUCAGCCGACUUCAAGACUCGACCGACAGGGCAGGGCGGCGGUUUGAAGAUGAGACAUUCCCAAAGCGAAUGAUGUUCGACUACACGCUGGCGUGUUGAACAAUAUCCAGGUAAUAUUUGUGAUGGUCCGAGUGACUCGACUGUUUGAAUUAUUGAUACCCUAAUAUUAAAUUCUACAUCUACUACUUCCUGAUAAUGAUAAGGCUGA